AUGACUGUCGAAAAGCCAGCCGUUCUUGUCUUAGGUGGAGCCGGCUUUAUCGGUAGACAUUUCGUUCAUUAUCUUUUAAAUAGCAAUGUAGCCGCGGAUAUCCGUGUGAUCGAUAAGCUUAUCCCGCAAACAGCUUAUCUUUCAAAAAAGUUUACUGCUGAUUUUGCAAAAGUUGACUUCAAACAGGCCAAUUUGACAAAUAAAGUGUCGAUUGCUUCGUGCUUUACCAGAGACGACGGAAAGGAGUUUGACUACGUCUUCAACUUUGCAGCAGAGACCAAAGGAUCCCAAGCGCCUGAGCUAUAUCAAGAACGUAUUUUUAAUUUGUCUGUCAACUGUGCCAAAGAAGCAGCGAGCAGGAAGGUGAAAGUCUUCAUCGAAAUGUCAACUGCAGAAGUCUAUCACAGUGAUGAGAAAGCUGCUACUGAGACUUCAAAGAUAAAGCCUUUGACAAUUAUCGCAAAAAACAAAUAUAGAGUUGAAGAAGAAUUAAGAAAGAUUCCAGGCCUUAACUUGAUCAUCUUGCGUCCUGCGAUUGUUUAUGGUCCAGGCGCCAUCAAUGGUUUAACACAACGUUUAGUGAUCGGACGAAUUUAUCAAUAUUUAGGCGAAGAGUUGAAGCUGUUGUGGUCGAAAGAUUUGAAGUUAAACACAGUUCAUGUCAAAGACGUCACAAGAGCAUGCUGGCAUAUAGCUGAAUGGUAUGUUCAUAACGAAAUUGCUCAGAGAAAUGAAGUUCAGAUCUUUAAUUUAGCUGACAAGCAGAAUACAGAUCAAGAAACUAUCAAUGAACAUUUACAGGCCAUUUUCAACAUAAAAACCGGAUAUCAUGGUGCUAUGAUUUCAUCUUUCGCUAAGGCCAAUGAUGACACCACCGUACACGCCAUCAAUGAAAAACAUUUAGUGCCAUGGACCGAUUUAUUGAGCGCAAACGGUAUCCAUGUUACACCGUUAACACCUUACAUUAAUAAGGAACUCUUAACAAAUAAUGGUCUAACGGUGGAUGGUUCCAAAAUUGAAAGAGAGACUCACUUUACUUAUGAAGUACCGCUAUUAAUACGAGAUAAAGUCAAUGAAAUUAUAAAAGAUUUUCAAUCAAUAAAUGUAUGGCCCACUUUGGAUGCCAUGAAAUAA